GUACCAGCGGACGGGCGCGGCGCUGAAGAGCACCGGCGAGAAGGCGUCCGGCCUGUUCGCCGGCCUCGGCGCCAAGUUCAGCGAGGCGCGCGAGUCGGCCGCCUUCAAGUCCAUGGGCGAGCGUAUGGGCAGCAUGGUCACCACGGUCAAGAGCAAGGUGUCGACGUCGGGCAGCAACUCGUCGCAGUCGUUCGACGAGGCGCUGAAGGAGGCGGAGGCGGCGCAGCGGCAGGCGGAGGGCGCGCCGCCGCCGGCCGCCGACCAGCCGCAGUAGGUGGCACCAGCGCGCAUUCCAGGCAGCUGUAUUGUGUCGCGCGCCGACGGGCGGCCCAGCCGGGCGGGGGGCGUCGGAGGCGACGCGGCGGGCGGCCGCGGGGCGGACGGAUGCGGCGCACGCGCCGCCGCGUGGCGAUGGCUCGUAGGCGGUGGGGCGGCGUGGCCAACCGCGGGGCCGCACGACACGCGCCGUGUAUUUAUUGUUGGUGCCGUAGUGGCCGGCUGCGUGGGGCGGGGCGGGGGUGGCGGCGACGAUCGGGGACAUCGGGCCCGGCCGGACGGUCAGUGAGUCAUGAGUCACAUAUCGUGCGCCCGUCUCUGCGUCCGGCCGGCCGCCUGUGAGGAGCUGGUGCGGCAAUACACUGGUUUAGAGAUUGA